GCGGGCAGCCGCCAGCCAAGAAGGCGAAGCAGUUCGGCAAGUGCAAGUGCUCAGCGUGCGGGACCAACAGUAACAACUGCACCGAUCCUUGGCCGAAUCGGGCACCGCACCCGAGGACGGGCCUCAUGGUGGAUUUCGACGACAAGUGUGCGAAGUGUUGGAAGCGUUUCUCCAAGGGCGGCUUCCACAUGUACCAGACCUGGGAUGAGUAUUGCGAGUGCGCCCAGAUCCCCGAGUCGGCGACGGCCUUGGCAGAGGUCGACAAGAACCUGGAUGCGGCAACCGACGAGCGAGACUACAGGCCGCAUACCAUCCAGAUGCAGGACUCGGCGGGCUGGAUGCUGAGAAAGGACUUCCAGGUUCUCGACACGACGGAGUUUACCUCGGAGAUGGGGGGGCCGCCCCAUUCGAAGAUGCCAUCGUGCCCCUCCGUCGAGGUUCGCAAGCAGGGCAGUGCCAGUGCCGAUACGUUCUACCUCUUCGAGCACCCACAAACGCCUGGUCGCACGCUCAGCGUCUUCUCGAAGUUCUCUGCGUUGGACUCCUGCGUGCACCUGAGCGCCGACCAGCACAUGGCGAAAGACAUGAGCCAGCAGGCCAUGGAGAAGGUGUUAGCCGACGCGAGCGCUUCGUCAUGCAUCUCCUUGGUGACGCCGCAGACCAAAGUUCCGCAGCUGGCGAACUUCAGCGCCCACUUCAAGGAGGAGCGCGCGCGGGCAGCAAAAGCCGCAGCCGAUAAGGCCAGGCUCAAGCGGGAGAGCAGCAACCCAGACACCGUGGGCGACCCCCAGCAGCCGCGCACGUACAUCGAGGACGGCAACGAGCUCCCCGUCGAGCCUGCGCCCCUGAUCGCAGUCGGCGAAGAUGUCAGGAGCAGCAGCGCAGCUGCUGCGGCCGCCUCGUCACCGCCUGGCGCUGCUUCAGCGGCCGCCGCGGCGCACGCCCCAGACCCUUCAGAGCACCGAAGCCGCAGCCCGCCGACGCGCCUGCAACAGUGCGACAGCCGCUCGGAAUGUGGCGACACAGCGUUGAGCGCCUUUUCUGAUGACAUCGGAAAUUGCGGGGCUGGCUCUGGCAAGAAACCUACCCGUGGGCACGACGCCAACUACUACAUCGCUGAGUUGGACUUGCAGGCCAUUGUGGACAAGGAGAAGCGGGGCGUCCAAGAGCACCAUGCGAGGAUCCUGCUCACGAACCCCAAGCUCACGGAACAUGAUCGCGACCGGUUGCACAAUCACCUCUUGCUGGUGGACCACGCGAAGAGGCUGAGCAACGACAACGUGGAGAACCUGAUGCUUGAUGUUUUCAACGCUGCAGUGGAUGAGGUCAUCAUCGGCAAAGGGGUUACGCCCACGCGCGAUUUAGAGCUGGCCGCCCUGAAGAUCAAGCUGAAGGAGCUCGUGCCCGCGAUGACCUCUGAGCGGUCGAUCUGGCGUCUGCUCGACAUCUUGCGCCCCUGGAAAUUGCCAGAGGACCCCCGCUUCAACUGCAAAGAGCCGAUCCUCGCUUGUACGCAACUGUCUUACGCUGACAACGCAACGUUCUUGACGAACGUAUUGGCGAACCAAGUCAUCAACCCCCUCGUGCGGAAAGGCGAGAGCGGGAGGGAGGACGUGACGCGCUUCGCGAAGGCCUUGACAGGCUUUCUGAGGCUGUCUGACGACCACACUGAACACAUCGACGAUAUCAUAUUGCACGCUCUCCUGGGCUUCCGCGCCUUGUCAUCGGCUUUGACAGCGCUGCUGACAUCCACGUUGACAGACAAAGUUGAGCACGUGGACGACCUGCGCCAGCUCCACAAGUACUUCGCAAACCCUGGCAAGUCGCUGUUCGGGAGCGUCUCCCAGGCAAUGAAGCGGUCAGAGUGGUACGCUUCACGGCUCAACUCGGUUGUCCAGAAAGAAGAGUGCAUCGCGGAGUUGUCGGACACCAUGUCGGUCGGGAUUGAAGAGAUGAGUCAGGUGUUGGACCCGACCGCCGACGCGCGGAUCAUCGAGAAGGUGAACAAGCUCUCAUGCGUGUGCCAGACCCUGACGAAGGUUCAGAUGAAGCUGGAGUCGGAAUUCUCGACGCCGUACAACGAGAUCAUCGAGACGCACGUUGGGACGGUGAUGGCCACGCUCGCGGCCGAGAUCCAGGGCAAGAAUAUCGCCGCCGAUAAGCUUCCCGCUCUGAGCGGUUGGAUCAGGGUGGUCGCUUUCGCAUUUCCUCAAAAUGAGAUUGUGAACACCAUGUCGAUUGAGUGUGCAUCCUAUUCGACGGAGUUGCGGAAGGACGGUCUCGAGUCGACCUUGACGAACUCCUUGGACGAGUUCAAAGGCAUUGGCGACGAUGCGGACUGCGAGAAAUUCGAUGGGCCGUCGAAGGCGUUGCUCGAGGCGGCGAACGCAGCAGUUGGCAUCAAACCGUCGUCGGCGAUUGUGACCUCCAUCGAGGCGGUAGCCCCGACGAUCGUGGAUGUCGCCACGACGUUCCCGAGGCAGCACGGCAAGAUGACGCUGGAUCUCGAGACGGCGCUGGGGAAGGUAGCCCCGCAGGUUGCGGAGAAGGUCAAGGCAGGCGGCUACAUGCUGAACAACUUCUUGAACCUGCAUAGCACGAUGCUCAACUACGACACCAACUGCGGCAAGGAGAAGGAGCUGCUCGCCAGCGCAGCGUUCAACAGGACGGCAUUCAACGAGUUGCGCUCGACCAUCGUCCAUUUCCAAUCGAUGGCCAAUGAAACAGCGGCAAUGGAUAUGUACGCCGCGCGUGCGUCGGAGAUGGUUCAGUCGGGGAAGGUCGCCCUGAUGGCGUUCGAGCGCGGCAAGGCAGAGACCGCCAAAGCCUCGCUGACGACCAUGCUCGCCAACACCCGCCUCGACGAUGGCACACCGUUCGGAAAGAUCAAGUUCAAGAACUUCCAGGCCCUCUCCGACAAAGUGACGUCCCUCACCGACAAAGUGCAGCCCCAGGAGCUGAAGCAGUUGCAUGAGGGCGUGGCGAAUGCAAACAAGGGGCUGAAGGAUAUUGUGGAGUUUUUCGGCGAAAAGUACCCGCAGCACGAGGGCGAUGAGAAUGUGAGUAUUGUUGCUGAGGCGAAGGCCUUCAACAUCACGAGCGCCACGGUGGCGUUGAUCAAGAACCCGCUGAACGACAGAGUGCAGCACCACAGGGCGAUGGCGAAGCAGCAGAAGGCAGCCACCGAGAACGAGGCCGUGAACAAGGCGCUGCACAACCUCGUCGUUGCCCAGCUCGCCAAGAGCACGAAGCAGACGACUUGA